AUGAAUAGCGCACAAUCUGAGACGGGAGGGCUCGGCACGUCGGCAACUGCGUCGCAUCUGGAGUCGGCUGAAGACGUCAUGGUUCGAGACCGUCAAGGCCUUGAGGAACAGUUCAACGUUGGUGUUUCGAUAGCCCUUUCAGAGAUCGACCUCGCUCGCGCUGGAAUCGACAGAGAGGUCUUGCUGGUCAUCAGCCACAUUUUAAGCAAGUCGAUUCUCGAGCGACCCACUUCACCGCAGGCGCUUCACAUCUUCGCACCGCUUGCAUUCUCGAAAGAAUUGGAGAAGAGCAACCUGCGCUUGAUCAAGAUUCGUGACAACCGCAUCAUCGAGGAAGAAGCCAACAUCGCAAGAGGCUAA